AUGGCAUCGGCCAAUAUAGUUCAAUAUAUUGUCAUCAGGAGUGACCUGACAACAGUCCUUGGAUGGCCAACUGGUGCGUUACUGGCUCAAGCAUGCCAUGCAUGUUCUGCUGCCUUGCAUAUCUUUCGCAACGAACCAACAACCAUAUCUUAUAUGGAAAAUUUAGAUAAUAUGCAUAAAGUUGUUUUGGGGGUUAAGGAUGAAGACACUUUGUUACGCUUAGCCGAUAAAUUGAAAGCCAACAAUAUAGAUUAUAAGAUUUGGGUGGAACAACCAGAAAAUAUUUCCACUUGCAUCGCAACUAGGCCUUACGUCAAGAGUGAUGUUCAGAAGUAUUUCAAGAAGUUUAAAUUAUUUGCGUAA